CCCCCCCCCACACACACACACACACACACACACACACCACCUCCUUCACUGUCACUCACACCAGUUUUUUACCCCUACCUGUCAGCAGGCUAACCACCGAGGGAUGCUGAAAUAUCACUGACUUCAUCCACCACCCACAAGCCCACUCUGCAUGUGGUUAUCCACUUAGUUCCUUUCACACUCUGUCUCAUUAAAUUAUGCUGACCAAGUGAAUUUUUUCCCCCUUUCCUUUUUCUUUUAACUUCAAAAUCACAUUAAGCUCCUUUGUUUUUGUAAGUAGCAGUCAGGAGGUCAUAUGGGACCACAGUGGAGCGGGCCGGCACAGAGAAAGAUGCUUAAAGGAAGCACACGCAUCAUAACUGUGGUUACUGUAAAGCCCCGGCUCCAAAAGCCUUUGUUUCCUUUGUUGUGGCUUUGGGCAUGCCAAGAUCAAACAAGCUUAUCAGCGACUUCAGGCUCUCCAUAAUUCACUCCAUCUGAGAGGAGAGAUAUUAUUGCUCUCCUUCGAAUUAGAUCACUAGGUCGAUUCAGAAAGAUUGAGUGUCGGACUAAACUUUUGAGCAGGCACUUGGCUGGCCUCUGUUGUGUGAGUGAAUGAUCUAAAUAUCUAAAUAUAUCAGUAAAACCGUCACUAUGUAACGAAGCACUAUUUCUCAGAUUGAAUUUGACACAACAAAACUCGUCUCCCCCGGGCUGUGUUGAACUAAAUGAUGUGUGGGUAUUUUAACAGAGCAUAGUUAGGCAGGAGCAUCUGCUGUUCCUGCCCACACAGUGCCAGCAUGGCAGACAGCCUAAUGGCUGGUGCCAGGUGGCAAUGCCAGGCCACUGUGACGAAACACACGCACAUCUGUAGCUCUUGCGCCUUUCUCAAGGAGUUAAGAUCCAAGUCGUGUUGUGUAUUUGUUGUUGCACUUUAAAAGGCAGUUGAAGAAUUCUACAACAGCUACAUGAAUCAAUAGUUGUCUUGAAGCUUUCAGUUUCAGGAAGUUACUUUCAGAGGAAAAUGUCACAAACUUUUUGUUGACCCAAACAAAUUACUUCAUGUGGCUACAUGUCACAGCAAGACAGAGGAGUCCUGCGCAAUUGCUCGUCUUGCCUCUCCAUUUCUCUACCUUUUCUGUCCCAGGAGUUUUACCGAGGAAACUGCAUCAUUUAGGUGUGUUGUAAAAAACAGGGGGUGUGACUGCUGUAGUAGGACUAUAGCAGCCUGAGAGUAGAGUGGGCGUAAAAUUCUAGCAAUGUACCUAACAGUCCAACACACACACAGAGUCAGAAACAACCCUGUUCAACGGUAUGGUCUUUACUCUGCAGCUGAGUUUAUCCUCAGGUGCUGAGUGCAACUAAAGCACAGCUUUACAUGUCAAUGCAGGUUUCUGUGUCAUGACACGAUGCCAUCCCAGAAAUAUGACUCAGGAAUGUCUCUCACUGUCUUCCAAGCAUGCCAAUUCUGUGAAUGUGUGGUGUGCAAUUUCUGUUGAGGAUGCAAAUUAGGCAACACUUCCACUGGAGAAGAUGCAUAUUUGGGCGAAGGUUUAAGUUUUGUAUCCGAGACUCGUAGAACACCUUGAUUUAUUGAAGGGUGUGGAAAAAUGUUGAUGGCGACAGCCACUUACUAGCUUCAGCUAAAUAGAACCACAAAUCUCAUCCCACUGGUGGCUUCCAAGUCAAUAGGAUUGUUCCUCUGGGGACCAUGAAUCUCUAUCUUUACCGAACUAUUCAUUCAGUAGUGGUCGGGACAGUUUACUAAAAACCAAAGCUGUCAACCGCAUGGUGGCACUAAUGAAAAGGUUGGGUCAAAGGUAGUAGGAUUUGUCCCCUUGGGACCAUGAAUCAUGGAUGUAUAAAGAGAACUGAAUACAGUGGAGGAGAGGACGCCUAUCAUUUCUGUUAGCAGACACAGUUACUAUUUUAACGUGCAUUUUAAAGACAAGUUUGACAUUUUGGGAAAUAUGCCUACUCGCUUUCUUUUCGAGAGUUAAAUGAUCCCCCGUCUCAGAUCGGUGCGUCCUUAUUUGGUAAAGUCAGAACCAAGAAAAAAUAACUUAUUUUUAGAUGUAGCACCUUGCUCUGAUGUUGAACAAAAUACAGACAUAAAUCUAUCAGAAACAUAUGACAUUACUAUUACCAACUUAAGCUCUCUCCUCAUGGCAGUGCAAUCAGAGCUAAUUUUAGUCUUGUCCACAUACUCUGCAUGGGGCAUGUUUACCGCAUGCAGCGCGGUUGUACGCAGCGUGCCCAUCAACGUGCUUCAACCAACCACAAAGAGCAAACAAAACCAGACUACACAACAAACACACUGUGCUCCCAGCUCAUCUGGACUGGCUUUUCUGCAGUGAUAUUCCACCGAAAGGACUUUUACUGCGUUGACCUCACCUGGGACCCCCGAAAUAAGUCACACUCCCACCUUUUAUGUUACAUAUCUGAUUGCUGCCAACAGUUUGUCUGUCCUUUACCUUCACAGAGCCAACAUCCUUUAUAUACCAAAAAGAACUUAUUUUAGAGAAGACAGGACUCUGCAGACAUAUUCAUCCCACACACUAACAGGCUUCAUCUGUAGAAUGACCUUUCACUUCAACUGUUACUCUAAACUCUAGUAAAGAAACCAAUGUCAAAAAGGCUAUUUCAACAUAUAAACAUUCAUAUAUAUGGUUAUGCCUGUGAGCUUCAGUUCCAGUUCUGCUUCACAAUGUACUCACCUCUGCUACUUGGAGGCCUUGUGUUGGUUUAGACAUUUCAACUGACGUGUGUGCUACAGGGACUAUAGAUUAGAUAUCUGGCUUUAAAAACUCACAUCUAUUGUGAUAAUUGAUGUCAAUUACAUGCUGCUGUUUAGUUAAAAGGAGAACACUUUGCCAUUUUAACAGUUUAAUAUUAUUUACAGGGAAACGGAGCAUCAUAAAAAACAGAGACGGUAAUGUUUUCUGAGGUUGCUGAGUUAUUGGUACUCAUUGUCCACACAAAGAACAUUCACAUUACACAAGUCUUUGUCCCGCAGUAAACACCAGGCGUAUGCAUUCAAGAAAAAAACACACAUCGAGAUGCUGACAGCUUUCACCCUCCGUUUUAAAUUAAUGACCAUCCGUAUUGACAGAGUCCAAACAUGAGAACACAACGCAGUCGGUUGAUAUGCAAAGUGAUUUUGAAUAAUCACAAUACCGACCUCAAGUCAUCACACGGACCCACAACAGAGCUCCGGGACUUUCUAACAGUGUCUAGUCUGUCCCUUUGUUUAAACAUAAACAAAGCUAAACAAAACAGAGAACACACACAGAAAAACAUAUUUCCUUACCCGGUGCAGCUGGUUUUGAUCACCGGGCAAUCAAAGUAAAACAAACUAUCGGAUGGACUUGAGGCAGCGCUCAAAGUAACGCCGCCCUGCAGGGGGCCCGUCCUGAGUCCUGAGCCUCUUGGGAGUGGGACCCCCACAAUAAAAUAAGUUGUGGUAAAGAUUGACCCUCUAGCUCCUAGACUGAAGACCUAAUGGGAAUUUCAACUGUAAUCAUUGUCACUUAAAUUAUGGUGGAGAUCAAAUACAAUGACUCUUCUCAGAAAAGUCUCAUUGAUAUGCCUCGCUGCAGCUGGGACGCCCUGCUGACUGCUUUCACAUCAGCUGUAUUGAAGGAAAGCAGCAGGACGAGUUUGCUGAAGAUUACAUUUAUUUACACGCACCUCCAACAGGCUUUCCUGUUCACCACAUUAUCAUUAUGAGUAAUCAAACCCUUAGAUUUGGAAAACAACUGACCUAAAGAGGGGGAUUGUUUUCCUCAUAUGAUUGUAAAAGCCCUACAGAUGGCUUGUGUCAUGACUCAAGAUGAUCAUCAUUGUUGUGCUGUCACAGCAAGUCAUCGGCUGUUGUUCAAUAGGAGUGUGUCCCUUCUGUACUGAAUUAAAUUCUUAAAAUCCCCCUUCAGAUAAAGAAAAUGUGUUUUUGCUUAUUUUUUUCUUCACUUGGAUGUUUUACACUAUAAGGCUGCUUUCACGUUCAUCUACUAAGGGGGACGUUUCUCUGAACGCCACUGAAACACACAAGUUGAAUGAUGGAUAGUCACAUUGUCAGGAUCUUAGAUGGGACUGAAGUGCUACGAUAGUGUGGCAGAUAUUAGGAUGAAUGAAAAAUGGCUUUCACACCCUGAAAAGGAUUCCCUUUUCCUCGCUGCCACCUACUGGUAAGAGAUGGGAGUUGUAGACAGACCCAGCAGUAAAUUACAGGGACUUGGAAGAACCCACCUCAGCCUGAGACUUAGCUUCUCCUAUUGUAGACUAUAGCCAAAAAAUAGGUAUUUUUCAUGGCAGACAUUUUGACUUGUCAUCGUAGGAAACACAUUAAUGAUGGCUCUGUUCAAUUUAACUGGCCCAAUAAGCCAUCAUAUACUGUGACAGUGAGCCAGCAUGCAUAAUAGAAAGACCACGAAUCUGAAGCAGCUAAAUGGAACUCAGCCAUCACUAAUUUCUUAUUAAUGCCUGUCCUACUGUGACAUGUCAACAUGUGAAACAGCCUGUUCUGCCUCUCAGUUGCAAAACAUCUGUACAAACCAAUGGGACCAGCUGUGAAGAUUCUUGCUAAAUCAACAUUAAUAUAUUUCAUUCAAACAAACAAAUACCAUAGUUACAAUAAUUUGCUGCUGUAGUUCUUGCUUUGGAUAUCAGUAAUCACCAGUGAACAGGCAGGGUGUCCUCAACUCCAAAAUAAAAAAAGUACUUUUAAUCCAGAUUUAGCGUCGCACAAUUUUCAGAUCCUUUACCUAAGUACCACACUGUUAAAAUACUCUGUUAUAAGUAAAAGUGCUGCAUUGGAAAUGUAACUUGAGUAAAAGUAUGUCGGUAAACAGAAAAAUGGCUCCUGUGAAUGUUAUGUAUAUUAUUAUACAUCACUCAUGCAUUAAUGUAAAAGCAGGAUUGUAUUAUUGUUGUUGGCUGAGGUGGUGCUAUUUUGUUAUUUGUUAUUUUGUAUAGGACUACAACUAAUGGCUAUCGUUUAUUAUGGAUUGAUCUGCUACUUAUUUUGCUUGUAAAAAUUCAGAAAAUAGUGAGAAAUGCAGUAACGAACCAAUCGUUUCAGCUGUACUUGCACAUACUGUUGGGAAGAUGAAUUUAUAACAAAAACUCAUAUUUCAAAACUCCUUAAUAUGUCUAUAAUGCAACAAUAUUUGAUUUGUAAAAUAAAGCUGUCAAAUAAUUAUAGUUAGGUGAAAAUGACAAUGUCUCCCUCAGAAAUGUAGUUGAGCAGAAGAAGUAGAAAGUAGCCUACCCUAAAUUCUGACCUAAUUAACUGUACAUAAUUGUAUUCAACCACUGAGCCAAUUUCAUUCGUCUUGCUCUGGAAUAAUGUAUCUCAUUUUCUGAGUGAGGUUAAGGCCUCUGUUAAUAUUGCAAGUUGUCACUUCUUCACUAAUUUGUCUCCGAGCCAGCCUGAGCCGGGUAGUGCCGGUGGCCGACACUAGAGGCUUUCCCUGCUGCCCGGUGCGUGUCUUGUUUUGGUUAGCUGGAUGCUAGCCCAUGCUUUCCGCUGUAGCCGGUUGUUACUGUGAUGGCUCUCCCAUGAGGCGGGAGAGCGGGACUGUGUUUUCUGACUAAACGCCGAGUGAAGUGCCGUGGACAUGGCCGGGGUUUUCGACAUCGAUUUGGAUCAACCGGAUGAGAAUGUCUCUGACGACGACCUCGAGGACGGGGGCCAGCUCAGUGAGUACAUGGACCAGUGCAGUGGCUUCGACUUUAACAUGGAUGACUGUGAGAAGUUUGAAAUUUCAGAGAACAUCGUUAACAAGGGAAAAGAGCAGAUCAGGCCUGAAUGCUUUGAGCUGCUGAAAGUUUUGGGAAAAGGUGGCUAUGGAAAGGUGUUUCAAGUUCGGAAGGUUUCAGGUUCCACCUCCGGGAAGAUAUUUGCCAUGAAGGUUUUGAAGAAGGCCAUGAUUGUGCGUAAUGCAAAGGACACGGCUCACACCAAAGCUGAGAGGAACAUUCUAGAGGAGGUGAAGCAUCCUUUCAUUGUGGACCUCAUCUAUGCCUUCCAGACCGGGGGGAAGUUGUACCUCAUCCUGGAGUAUCUGAGCGGAGGGGAGCUGUUUAUGCAACUGGAGAGAGAGGGCAUCUUCAUGGAGGACACAGCAUGUUUCUACCUGGCUGAGAUCUCGAUGGCGAUGGGUCACCUGCACCAGAAAGGCAUCAUCUACCGAGACCUGAAGCCUGAGAACAUCAUGCUCAACGACAACGGACACGUGAAGCUGACAGACUUCGGUCUUUGCAAAGAGUCCAUCCACGACGGAACGGUGACCCACACCUUCUGUGGCACCAUCGAAUACAUGGCUCCAGAGAUCCUGAUGAGGAGCGGUCAUAACCGAGCGGUGGACUGGUGGAGUCUGGGAGCUCUCAUGUAUGACAUGCUGACAGGAGCACCGCCGUUCACCGGUGAAAACCGAAAGAAGACCAUUGACAAAAUCUUGAAAUGCAAACUCAGCCUUCCGCCUUACCUCACACAAGAAGCCAGGGACCUCCUGAAAAAGCUGCUGAAACGAAAUGCCUCGUUGCGACUCGGGGCCGGACCAGGAGAUGCUGCUGAGGUCCAGGCCCACCCAUUCUUCCGUCAUAUAAAUUGGGAUGACCUCCUCGCUCGCAAAGUAGAGCCUCCAUUUAAACCAUACCUGCAAUCGGCUGAUGACGUCAGCCAGUUUGACUCCAAGUUCACCAGCCAGACUCCAGUGGACAGCCCCGACGACUCCACGCUCAGCGAGAGUGCCAAUCAGGCCUUCCUGGGUUUCACAUAUGUAGCCCCAUCUGUGCUGGAAAACCUCAAAGAGAAGUUCUCUUUUGAGCCAAAGGUGCGCUCACCACGGAAGUUCCCAGGAAGCCCAAGAACACCUGUGAGCCCGGGGACGUUUGUAGGAGGGGACUGCUGGCCCCGGGGACCCACGGCGACUGGCCGCACUGUGGAGCAGCCCAUGGAGGUGUCGGCAGCAGAGCAAAUGGACACAAGCGGCGGUGGCUCUGAGGCCUCUGCGCCGCUUCCCAUCAGGCACCCUUCAGGCAUCAAUGCGGGACCCUACAAGAAGCAGGCCUACCCCAUGAACUCCAAGCGGCCAGAACAUCUACGGAUGAACCUAUGACGCUCGGCUCGUCUACGAACAUUAGGACUCUUCUAAUUCCUCCUCUUCUUCCCCCUUCCUUUUUGCUUUCAAAGAGACUAAUAAUAGAAUCUUUUUUUUUAAUUGACUGACACUGUCAGUGACGAUCACCAGCUCUUCCAGCAGCGCCUUCCCAUCCCUCCUGACUCAGCCUGGCCAUCUCGGCCUGACGCAGAUAAUCAGCAGUGAAGUAGAUAUGAGAGUUGUGGGGAAGUUGUGUGAGAGAGGUGCUCUUCAAUGAAAGUUGACUCGCUUGUUGUUGGCUGGGUAAUGCCAGCCUGGUGUAGUCUACUGGCAUUAUCAUCUGAUUUACUGGUGCUCUUUUAUCCUCAAGUCUGGUGAAUGUUGAUUCUAGCAUUAACGACUCAUUGCCUCAUCACAGUGAGAGAGUUUGGUUACGGCUUUUCUUAUUUUAACGGUUAUCUUGUGAGAACUUGCAGUUUGCACUGUCAGUAGGUCGAUUUAUUAGAUAACAAUUCCACAAUGAACACAGUAUUCCUUUAUGUUUGAGGAAAACAAUUACAUUGCCUUUGUCACUGGAGCGUGUGGUGAGGAGUAGGCGGAGCGAAACAUUACGGUAAAGCAGCUAUAAAAAGACAGAAGUGAAAUUUCAGCUUCACUUCCACCACAAUCAAUACUGCUUUACUUCGUCUGACUGGAGUGUGUCCUGUCCAGACGCAAUGCUCAGUUUCUUUCUGUUGAAUGUAAACCGACUCUGUAUGCCUUUUUUUUUUUUUUUUUUUGCGUAAACCUCCUGCGCAGCUUCCCCUGCAGCAUUAUUUUUAACUCGUCUGUACACGCAGUAGUCCCAUUGCCACUGUCGUGUCAACAGGUCCACCCAAAAUACACACAGCCAAACUGAUGUCACCGCACUGCAUUGAUCCAGGCAGUGUUCAUGGCUCUCGUGGUAGGGUUACACCCUGUUUGACCUGUUCAUGUGAUGUGAAGCUGCUAUACGAGCCUCUGGAGUCGAGCCAUUCAAAUGUUCACACCCUAAAACCGACCGCGCUGUCGGACGCAGAUUCCCUCAAUGACAACUGCAAAUGUAAUGGAUGAAGAUGAGCUUCGGUUUGAAUGGCUCCCUGAUGUUUGUCGCUAUCCAAACACUUAGUGUUUAAUGAAUUGACCAAAAGCACUGUUUCAACCAACCAAAUGAUUUCUCUUUUGCUGGUAAGCAAACGAACAGCCGGCGGAGUGAGUCGCUGGUCUGAUUCAAGAACUGCAAGGUUCAAAUGUCACGUUUUGGUUCAUCAUGUCCGAUUUGAUCAAAGUGACUUUGUUUCCCACAGUGAUGCUCACAGAGAUCGUUUAAUGUUAUUUAGAGUGUAGCUCAGCAAAGGGUCUAAUACGGAUCUGUGUGAGUUCUUCUACCAUUCCAGUGCAACAAUUGUGUUUUAAGACCAAUCACUCCACUUUUUACUCCACUUAACCUUUUUGUUAAUUUGUUAAAAUAUUUAUUUGAAGUGCCAAUGUGUUUCCACUGUAUUGUUCACACUAUGCAAACUAUGUAUUUAUUGUGUCGUAUUAUUUAGGUCAGGCAGUAGAAUGGGUUAUUUGAUUUGGUUUUCUCAUCUGAGACUUAUUUUGCCAUAAUGAUAAUAAGCAUGUAGAGUAUGGUUUCAUUUCCACAGAACAUGUCUUACAGAUGCUUCUUUUUUUUUAUUCCAUAAUUAAGGACGGUAACCUAAAUGACUUGCAGUAUUUAUUGUGUGGCUUAGUAUCAUAUUGAAGGCUGACUUUCCGAAAACAUUUUAAUAUCUAACACUUUCCUUGCUGAAAACUUGAACUUCAGUUUAUCUUUUGCAGUGCUUAAAGCGUUAUUGUGGGGAAAACUGAUGCAAAAACAAAGGGCGAUCAUUUCUCCUUGUGUGUGUAGAGUCUGUUAGAGGGCGAUACUUUCUUCUGUUCAGGUACAGUCAAGUAUCUUCCACACCGAGUUGUUUGAGGAACAUCUUAUCAAGCUUACUUCAGGUGAGAAACACCGUCUCUGACUAGAAGGGGUGUUGAAUAACAUUAUUCCUGUUGCUUUGUUGUCCAUAGAUCUGCCCUUACAGAUGGGGAAUGUUUAUAUGCAUCAUGUAUAUGAUGAAGUCAAAAAUAAAUGUCUGAUCAGCAGCAGAUUAGGACGUCUUGGGGAUUAAAAUGAUCUAAACUGAUGGAAGCUCUUCAAAACCUUGUGUCAGAUUAUGACUUGAAGGUUUAGCUGCUCGGCAAAUAAGUGAUUCUCAGUUUACUUCAUAAAAAGAGCCACAAACAUUCAAAUGGUAGAUCUUUAUUCGGAUAGUUUAUGCCUCUAAAUGGAUAAAAAUAACAGUGAAAUGAUUUUGUACAUACUAAAAUAGAUGUUUCUCCCAGUCUUUGGUUUUUACAAAAGCGAGGCCAUGUCGCCUCUGUAGAAAAAUAAUGUGUGAAUUAGUCUCACGCUCAGUUGCAUCCUUUUUAUCAGACGAAAAGAAACGGUAACCAAAAGCCAAACUGUUUAUCCGUCACAUAGUUAUUCCUCAGCCUGCCAUGGAUGCGUGCUGGCAAAGGUCUGGUCACUACUGGACCAGCUGUUACUGUGUACUGAGCUUCCUGGAAGCCUUUGCAGUCCGGUUCAAGCUCAAAGAUGCAGCUAAAGCAUAAUUCAGUUGUGCUGUUGAUUACAAAUAAGUCACUCCCAAAAAAUGCAAGAAACACUGGAUAAGAGGGUUUGUGUGAUGUUUGUUCACACAUGUGAUGGAUGAAAAAUCUGUUUAAAAUACUUUUUUAAUAUAAUAUAUUCUCUGAUGUUCCCGUAUUUACAAGUAGAGGAAACUGGAAGUACAACAAUUUGCUGCCCAAUCAGGAAAUCAAGAUUAAAAGGUGAAUAAAGCCAACACAACACAGAAGGAAAAACAACUUAAAAUAGAAAAAUCAAAAAUCAUUUGAGGCCAUGGCAAUAAUCAACUUUCUCUCGUCCGAGUGUGUAGGUAGAAAUAGUGAUGUUUUGGUAAAUAAGCCAGAAAAAUGCCCACAGUAGGUUCAGUGUGUGUAUCUUUACGGACCUUGGCCUGCAGGGGGCACUGCCCUCAGAUUCAUGAAACAGUGUGUACAACAUUACUCGUCAGUGGGGGUUGACAGCCACAGAAAAUCACAUUAAAUACAAGCCAAUGCCCUGCACCCAAAAGCCCCGCAUCGAUCAAUAAAUCUGCAGGUGUGGAGAUGUGGCUCCGUCCCUCCACUUGUAAACCUUCUCUGUGAUCACGGUGCGGCAGAGAGGGCAGCUCUUCUCUCGGUUAAACCACAGAGCGAUGCAUUCGUCACAGAAUAUGUGCUGCACGGCAGAAAAACAACAUGUCAGCAUGUCCUGCACUUGCCAUACAUGACGAGAUCUACACAAGUGAUGCACUUCAGUUCAUCUGAAUCACGAAAACGGGUCAGAUACAUAGAAUUAUAUAUAAAGAAAAACACAGGUUAUUAUUACACAAGCAAAUAAGAGAGAAAAGCAAUUGCAGGGGUGAAAAAGUCUGAUUUUUAAAAAUCUUUUAUAUUACCGAUUUUCUCACGUAAUACUGCUCAAUUCAUUAUUAAGUUGCGAUCCAAAGCAAUUGAUUUACGCAACUGCUGUGAUUAAGUGUGAUAACGUAAUUAAAGAGGGAUGUGAGCGACAGACUCCUGAGGGAUCUAAAUCUAUUGAUGCCCACACGGCACAUUACAAAUACUACGUGUACACUGAUUACAAAGCCCUGCGGCGCACACGUGUUUGGUUUUACCUGACAGAGUAGAACCCGAGGCUCCCUGUACUCUCCCUGACAGAUGGGACAGACGUCUCCAGCCUCGCUGCACUGACUCCUGGUGGCUGCUGAGCCUGUAUGCUGAGAAACAAGGAACACCUUCAAACAGCUGGUGACUGAAUGUGACCAUUUAUGAAAGAAGUUGUUUACCACCGACCUCGCCCUUCACCAAUGUCCUCACGGUUUUCAGUAAAGACGUCCAUUGUCCGUACAAUUCUAAAAUCUGAAAAAUAAAGAAAAAUAACUAAAAUAGAAAUGUAUAUAUAUUUUUUUUAGUUUUUAACAAUAAUACAAAGAUCUAUUCCUGCUUGUUUGACUGAUCACACCUUCAGUAUGAGGUAGAACAAAGCCAGCAGGACCCCCAGCGUGAAUCCAGGGGUGCCGUCAACCUCCUGGUACGUGACCAGGUAGCGGAACCAAAGUGGGACAGGCGCUGUGGCCUGGUGGACCUGACCCAGCUCCUCACUCAGCAUCACCCACCGCCCCUGGAGACAUUUAAACACAAAAUAAGAGCUACUCAACCUGCACUGCCAAGACAUAUGUAACAUUAGAGUGAUAUUUGUUGUUUUUUUCUUAUCCAAAGGAGAAACCCCCCCACUCUCACCUGGGUACUGUAUGCCACCAGUGAGGAUGGCAGCAGCAGAAUAAGGCACUUAAUCCCCAUAAAAAGAAACUUGAUUAUGAAGUUGGUGAUGCCGACUGCCCAGAGAACCUCCCAGAAACCCAGCGGCUCAAUGGUUGGGCUGAGGAGGAUGAGGCUGGAAGGAGGUUGACAUUCAGGUUAAAU